AUGCCUGCAGAGAGAACCCGGGAACCAGACACACCAGAGGGGUGGCCUUGGACACUCCUAGAUGCGGAUCCCGUCAGCACUCCCACAAGGUCAAGGCGCACGACAGAGACGCCGGGCGACGAAGGGCAGAGGAGGGAGAUGGCUCAAGCAGCUGGCAGGAGCCGCUGUUCGGCCCAGCGUGCCCAGACGUCCUCAUCCUCCAGCACUCCUGUCAUAGAGCCUCCGGACCAUGACAAAGUGAAGAAGCACACAGCGGGCAGCGCACUGGACAGGAGCCGUACUCCGGCCCGCAGACCAGCCCACGACCCGACGAUCACCUCCAGGACGGAUGCAUCACCGGACAGCCCUACUAGACGUGAUGACAUUAACGGUGUCCUCACCGAGAUCUUACGAGAGCCAGGGCAUCGCUACGGGGUGCAAGUCAGACAGGACGGUUUUGCCUCGGCCAUCGAGCUGGCAUGUAGUCCCCUCCUGCAAGCGCAUGGCAUCAGUUUGGGGGACAUCCGCUGGAUUGUCGAUGUCAGAGACAGACAGCGCUAUCAAUGGUGCGAUAUCCAGGGCUUCUCCCACAUACGCCUAAUCAUGAGCCGGGAUUUGCCGACCGACAUGGGAGGCACACCCCUUUUCUCCUCUCCGACGGCCCCCACAGGGAGUGCCGAGGCGGUAAUCGAUUCCUUCGCGGUUGGUGAAAAUCGGGGUGCCGGUCAGGACGUAGGGCAACCUAGGAAUAACACCAGGACCCAGCGUCGCAGCGAUCAGCAUAUUGGACAUGCUGAGCAGGAUAAGCACUGUCCGACACUUCACAUGAUUCACAUGCGUGAAUGCCACCACAAGCACACUCUCUUAGCCCGAUCCCAGUCUACCUUCACAUCAGUGCCCCCGAAGAAUACCAGCCAGCCGCAGGCAGCCAUCCUACAUGCACGGCCCUGCUGGGGAGCCGAGACUGCCAGCCCCUCAGUGGAAGGCGAUCAGUAUCUGCAUGGAUCCGGGGGAUCUCUGGAGGAUUGGCUUAGAGGGAUUUUGCUGGGGUGGUGCACUGCAUUUUCACUAAUGAUCCGGUACUGGGCCGAAACUAAGCAGGGCAACAAGUGGAUAACGCAUAGUGGGAAGAUGGCGGGGGGCGCGCCUUUACGCCGGAUGAGACCGUGGUACCUCCUGCCUCGAAACGGGACAGAUGAGAAGGCCUAUGAUGACGGCCAGCAACAUAUUGACGGCCCCGCGGAGGAGCCGAAGACACCUAAGAAGUGGGAAAAGAAGCGUGAAGACAUCCUCAACCUCCUUCAAAAGGCCGAGCAGGCAGCUGACAAAGGGGACCAAAGAACAGUUUAUCAGGUUGUUCGGAGAUUAGCACCAUGGCAGCCACGGCAACGGGUCAUGAUUAAGGACCCAAACGGCCGACUCCUCACUCUUCAACAGGAGCAUGAAGCCCUGGUGAGCUAUAGUGAAGAUCUUUUCGCUCCGGACACUGCGCAGCCAGCUAGGGAGGGGCAAAGUCUUAACUUGGUUUUCACGGUUGAGGAAAUUGAAUCGCAGCUGAAGUCCAUCAAGAUCGGGAAAGCCGUUCCUCCUGGUGUAGCCCCAGCAUCUGCAUGGCGAUUAGCGGCGCCACAGGUUGCGAAGCUGCUGAAGAUGGCCUUUGACCAGCACUCUCACCCACCGGGGAUCACACUCCCUCUCCAGUGGACCGACGCGUGGAUAGUCUGGCUCCCAAAACCGGGCAAGGACCCAUGCGAGCCCUCAUCCCUCAGGCCAAUCGGCCUCAUGUCUCCUGAUGCUAAAACCCUUGCGGGGCUUCUCAAAGUAAGACUUUAUGAGCUGAUUCGGCCCCAGCUGCGCUGGGUGCCGCAGUUUGCCUACCAGCCGGGGAGGGAUUUGUACGAUGCUUUGGCUAGAGUGCAGGUUUGGAUUGAAAACUUCAAAAGAUCGCUCAAAGACCUUGGUGCGGGAGAAAGCAUGACGGCCGAGAUAAUCUCCCUCUUGGACACAUCACGGUAUCACAUUAUCAGUGAUCAGGAACAAAGCUCAGUGGGCACUACGCGCGGCAUCCGCCAAGGAUGUAAGAUCGCCCCCAUGCUUUGGGUGGCAAUAUCGACCCUUUUGCUGGAACAACUGGGGGAUGCCCUCUCGGGCCCCCACAGACAAGCCACCACCUUUGCCGACGACACCUUAGUGCAAUGGCUGAAAGAGAACUCCGAAGACAUUGCCCAACUUAGCAGUUUCAUCAACAAACUUCUGGGGGUCAUGCAGGACAUGGGGCUUUUGGUGAACCUUACCAAAACAGUCCUGCUCUUGAAAGUUUGUGGACCUGGGGCCAGACGUGCGCUAAAGGACUAUGUAGUGCAUAAGGAAGGGAAAAAAUGGUGGCGGGCACGUCACCCAGAUGGUAGCGAAGCGCUAAUCCCCAUUGCCUGCUACACUACAUACCUAGGUACACAUCUUUCCCUCCAGACGGAAGCACACAAAGUUGUGGGUUACCGCAUUGCAGAAGCUAACAAGAGAGCUGGCAAAAUCAGAAAAGCGACCAGGUCCAGGAAGGUCUUCGGCCUAGCACACAGAGUACGCAUCUGGCAGACCUGUGCUGCAUCGAGUGCUACAUUUGGCCUCAUUGCUUUCGCGCCCUCUGCCAAGGCGGUGGCACUCCUAAGGGGUUGGUUCUAUCGUCAACUAAGAGCCGUUGCGGACUCCCCUGCCCAUAUCUCGCAUGAGAGCAACAGGCAUCUUCGGCAAAGACUCGGGGUUCAGGAUCCUAUUGAUGCAACGAUACAACGGAUUAGGCACAAACUUGACAAGCUUCGGGUUGCGGAAACAAGUAUCAUCAACCAGCCACAAACUCUUCAGUACUGGGAAAAUAUGCUACAGCAAUACCUCAUCUUUCACACAGAUAACAUUGAUGCGGAGCCCGACUCCAGGCUGAUCCCGGUGCCCGCGCAGCAAUCGCAGCCGGUGGCCUGCCAGAGGAGCCUGAGAUCCCGCUGCUGCGUUGACCUGAAGUGGAGACAACUACUGCAGUCGGAAUCUCAGAUGCAGAUCGUCAGUACAAACCUCACCUCAUCCGCGAUAGUGUCUGUGACUUUUGCGAGGAGGCCUGGAAGCGAGCUGAUGGAUUUGAAGAACUGGUGCACAGCUUGCCGCUUGCUAGACCAUGCCAACAUUGCGGAUGACCUGAUGGCUGCCUGCGGCUGGCUGGUAUUCUUCGGGGGCACUGAUGUGAAGGAGCUGUACUCCGGCCCGCAGACCAGCCCACGACCCGACGAUCACCUCCAGGACGGUUUUGCCUCGGCCAUCGAGCUGGCAUGUAGUCCCCUCCUGCAAGCGCAUGGCAUCAGUUUGGGGGACAUCCGCUGGAUUGUCGAUGUCAGAGACAGACAGCGCUAUCAAUGGUGCGAUAUCCAGGGCUUCUCCCACAUACGCCUAAUCAUGAGCCGGGAUUUGCCGACCGACAUGGGAGGCACACCCCUUUUCUCCUCUCCGACGGCCCCCACAGGGAGUGCCGAGGCGGUAAUCGAUUCCUUCGCGGUUGGUGAAAAUCGGGGUGCCGGUCAGGACGUAGGGCAACCUAGGAAUAACACCAGGACCCAGCGUCGCAGCGAUCAGCAUAUUGGACAUGCUGAGCAGGAUAAGCACUGUCCGACACUUCACAUGAUUCACAUGCGUGAAUGCCACCACAAGCACACUCUCUUAGCCCGAUCCCAGUCUACCUUCACAUCAGUGCCCCCGAAGAAUACCAGCCAGCCGCAGGCAGCCAUCCUACAUGCACGGCCCUGCUGGGGAGCCGAGACUGCCAGCCCCUCAGUGGAAGGCGAUCAGUAUCUGCAUGGAUCCGGGGGAUCUCUGGAGGAUUGGCUUAGAGGGAUUUUGCUGGGGUGGUGCACUGCAUUUUCACUAAUGAUCCGGUACUGGGCCGAAACUAAGCAGGGCAACAAGUGGAUAACGCAUAGUGGGAAGAUGGCGGGGGGCGCGCCUUUACGCCGGAUGAGACCGUGGUACCUCCUGCCUCGAAACGGGACAGAUGAGAAGGCCUAUGAUGACGGCCAGCAACAUAUUGACGGCCCCGCGGAGGAGCCGAAGACACCUAAGAAGUGGGAAAAGAAGCGUGAAGACAUCCUCAACCUCCUUCAAAAGGCCGAGCAGGACCCAAACGGCCGACUCCUCACUCUUCAACAGGAGCAUGAAGCCCUGGUGAGCUAUAGUGAAGAUCUUUUCGCUCCGGACACUGCGCAGCCAGCUAGGGAGGGGCAAAGUCUUAACUUGGUUUUCACGGUUGAGGAAAUUGAAUCGCAGCUGAAGUCCAUCAAGAUCGGGAAAGCCGUUCCUCCUGGUGUAGCCCCAGCAUCUGCAUGGCGAUUAGCGGCGCCACAGGUUGCGAAGCUGCUGAAGAUGGCCUUUGACCAGCACUCUCACCCACCGGGGAUCACACUCCCUCUCCAGUGGACCGACGCGUGGAUAGUCUGGCUCCCAAAACCGGGCAAGGACCCAUGCGAGCCCUCAUCCCUCAGACCAAUCGGCCUCAUGUCUCCUGAUGCUAAAACCCUUGCGGGGCUUCUCAAAGUAAGACUUUAUGAGCUGAUUCGGCCCCAGCUGCGCUGGGUGCCGCAGUUUGCCUACCAGCCGGGGAGGGAUUUGUACGAUGCUUUGGCUAGAGUGCAGGUUUGGAUUGAAAACUUCAAAAGGUGUUAUGAUCGGGGAAACAGUUCACGCUCAAAGUGUUUGCCACUCUUGCAAAUAUUUCUGUCGCGCCAUGACGACCAAAUGGACGACCAAGCGCUACAGGAAGUGGCGAACAUGUGGGAGCAGCACAGUCCGAUGGAACUCAUCAUGCGGGACAGGCCGACCGAGGAGGAGAACGGCGGGGGGCGGAAAUUUCGUCCCAGAGAGGGCAAAGGCCCAGGCAAAGCAAAACGGGAGCCGAUCCCGGCCCAACCAAGGCAAGUGCAAGUUCUGACCAAAUACGUCAGCCAGCACGCCAUGGCGCUGCAGCUGCUGGAGGCAGACAGAAGUUGGGUUCUCUGGAUGGACUCUGGAGCGCUGGGCAUCAUACCCCAGCUAGUCAAGACCACGGCCACCUGGAAGAGAGCCGAGAGCAGAACAAGUGCACCUGCAGCCUACGCCAGGCUCUCCCGCGAGCACUCCUGCUGGAGCUGCAUUUAG